AUGAGCGGCUCCAGCCUUCUCUCUUGCGUGGCCAGUCGGGUGGCGUCGUCUCUAUUGACACCAAGUAGAGACGAUCCAGACGCCUUUCUGCGUCAUCUUCAGCUCGUCCCGAGGGACUUCCUCACGCGGUUUUCUGCACCCAACACCAUUUUGACCCCGUACUCGUCUUCAGAGGAUCAAAAGCGAACUGCUGCGACAGGGAACUCUGAGGAGGAUGCAUCUGUGGUCUCUCACUCCUCUGCGCGGGGGAGAGUAGAUGAGGUGUGUCCGCUUCAAACCGCCCUUAGCUUCCCUUUGGGAGAGAAAGGGUCGGGUAACCAGAUGCACCUCCUUGAGCUGAGUAUAUUUCUUGCUCUUUUGCGACAUCCGCGACAGAGUUACAGAAAUAUCCUGCUUUGGAGUUCGCUGAUUGAAAAACUGGAGGAGUUGAAUUUUUACGAGGUUAUGCGGAGAAGUAUUUCUCAGCUUUGGGAGGUGGUCAAACAACAAGAAAGUGAGUUGGAGUCAUACAAUGAGUUACGUCUACUUAGGAUUUCCUGCGAUGUUGUAUUGUUCUUUGCCGAACAUGCCCUGCGACGUCCCUCCAAAGAUGUCUUGCGAGAGUUUGGUACGCUGGCACAAGAGAUGUGGGAAGGUCACGCUUUCGUAGGGGUGCGACGCUGUGCGCUUGUCAUUUCUGCCUUCUUGGCGGAGUACUCUGACCUGAUGCCCCUCGAAGCCCUGUGUACUCACAACACGAGUCUGGAUUCUCCUCAUCUGCUGGCUGUCCUUGCAGGCGUUCCCGCAUUGCGGGAGGGGACCGAUGACAAGCCGGAACUGCUCCGCGCGACACUAGAGGUCGUGUUCACAACAACCGUUUACUCUACGCCCACUGCGACGUAUUUUCUUGACGAUGGCGUUCACUCAGCUGCCUUUUCGCUUGUGCGGCAGCGGUUUGCUGACGUUUUGUAUAAUCUGUUUUCAAGAGUCUCAGCCGAUUUUUGGGACUACUUCACAGAAGUUGCACUCCUCUCCGCCUUGGAGGGGAUUGCACGGUGCGCAGCUCUGUGGGACUUCAUGCCCUCCGGGGUGCCGCUGCUGCGGAGUCACAUACAUAAUUGCCUUGUGGAAGGAAACAGCGUCUAUGCCGUUUCGCUUUUUAAUUUUUACAUCUCUGCUUUGGCAUAUCAUGUUGGGUUGGGCGUCUUGCAGGAGGAGGAGGGCACAAUCCUCGAUACAGGGGCCUCGCGUUAUGUUACGAACGGCUCCGUCCCGGGAGAAGUUGUCGAAGAUGAAGCGGCGGCCCUCGCUCAUAGCACAGAGAGAGCAACGAUGAUGCUAACGGAUUCGCCCCUGAAAAAGACCUUUCGUCUGCUAGCGAUGGAGUGGGGAUCAUUCCGUGGAAGCGAAAAGGUGCUUGUGCGAAGUGCCUUUUGCCUUUUACACGCCUUCAUGUCAAAUUAUUCCAUCUACCAGAAGGAGCUGGAGGCGAUGAUUGGGGCUAAUCUGCACUCACUACUGCAUCAUGUGGCCACCGUAGUUUUGACGGAGUCCGUCAAUGGGGAGGUGGACCUUGUUGAGACCUUUUACGGCACCAUUGCUAGAUUUCAUCCCAUGCUGGGCAACAUCGCCUACGCCGCCUCUAACCUUCUCCUGCCUGAUUUGAUGCGAGGGGUGGGAGUGCGGGCUGAGUCCACCGAAAUCGCAUUGCUGCAGCUGAACUUGUAUGGCACACUCUGUGAGAGCUACGAAAAUGCGGUGCCGCUUGGUGGCCUUGUUGAGGCUGUGACGCACAUUUCUCCUGGUCUCAUUACCUGUUCCUCCUUGGCGGUGGAGUUUUUCGUUCCAUGGUUGUCGGUUGUUCAAGCGGCGUUGUCGGAGACGCCUUACCCGCUCUCCGCGCUGUUGUCCAGCGCGGGGUCAACAGCAAAGCUGAUUUGUCGCCUCUGUGAGGGGGUUUUUGUGCUUCUGCGUGAGCUUCAGUCGGGAAAUCUGUUCCUCUGCUCUUUGCCAGCCAUGCCCCUUCUAGAAGGCACGAUACGUCUUCUUUCUGCCGCCGUCUGUGAAGAGGGGCACCGCAAUACACUUGCCACCUGCGUGAUUGCCACGUACGGUGAGAAUACCCUUUCCGCGUGUUUUGUGCUGUACUGCAUUUUGUUCUCUUCCAACGCCUCGGUCGCGUUGGUGGAGUCCACAGCGGGACUGCUGGCGGAUGUCGUGGAACACUCGCAAGAGAAACUUUUCACCACCAUGCGUUUUCACACCUCCACGGAGCUGAGGCGCAUGUUGUUGUCGUCCAUCCACCAGGAGCUGCGGCCACGGACGCCGUGCAACGCCUCCGUAAAUGCCAUUCGGCUGGUUUCCCUCCGCUACCUGCUUCGCUACGACCCGGCCUCGUUUUACUACUUGAUCCUUCCUGAGGAGGCAGACGCGGAGGGGGGUUUAGCAGAGCUGCCGCUCACCUCCAUUCUACGCGACACGGUAAGGUGUGAGGAGCUUACCCUGCUGGAAAAGGCAGAGUGUUUUGAGCUCCUUCGCUCCCUUGAGGAUGUGGGUCUUUCCAUCACGGAGGUCGUCGACUUGCUGCCAGGUAACAAAGACGGUCCGGCGUACCUCCGCGCCGCCUUCGCGGCGGCGGUGAUAAAUUACAUAUGUGGUGUUCUACUUGGCAAAAUGCAUUCGGAGGGUGGCAGAAGCACAAAAUAUGGGGAUAAGGGAGGAUUGCAGCAGCAGCAGCAGCGCAGUCCCGGUCGUCCAACGGUUCUAAUUGAAAAGAGCAAAUUAGUCUCUGAAAAUGCGGCGACAAUUUGCACAAUGCUUGACGUUGGAUCUGAUGCGCUGACAGAUUGCAUUGCCUUUUACAAGGCCACAGAAGAGGAGCUUGGGCCCGCCAAUGACAGGGUUGAUUCUCUUCUUUCAGUGGACAGCCUUAGCAAGAGAAAUACACGGCAACUUGUUCCUUCACGCGUGACUCAGGACUUUACGUCAAGCUUGUCCACUGCCCCUACGAAUGCACCUCUUGUGCUUUCCGUGCAAGCCAGCAAUGGAAGCAUAAAAGUAAAACCCAUGCUUCUUGGAGAUUCUUUUCUGUUAUGGGAGCAGGAGGAGGGUGUUAUCUUAUUGAACCGAAUGGCAUCUGCAUUGGAGGCGGUUACGCGCCUCACAGCCUCUCUAGAGGCCGUUGCAUGGCUCACGUAUGGCGAAAGGGAAGCAUCUUCCACCUCAAUAAAACUAUUGGAUCUCUCUCUCAGUGGAGUGCAAAUGGUGGGAUCCACCGCAAAUCCUUUGCGUGGUUUAAUGUGGGGCUGUUUUGAGGGCUGGCUGUCGCUCGCGCGUGGCGCAGCUUCCGUGCAUAUGCAGGCUUCGGCAGAGAGUGUGUUGACUCCGUCAACAAUGGGAUUAAAUAACCUCUUUCGCGCCUUUGUAAAACUGAUGGUCUCCAACCGCGAGAGCAUUGAGGUUGUUUGCCAGGGGCUGGGUAUUCUAUCGGCCUUUCAGCCCUCUGAGGCCGCGGAUGAGGGAACGGCAAUACAACUCUUUGAACUCAUUGCCGAAGUUUUGGAGAAGCAUGCGACGGCGCCACCAACUAGUGCCUUGACGAAGCUAAUUUUGGGGUGUGGUGCCAUCUACACUCGCAUUGGCAAAUUGGCCCCUGUACGGUGUGCGCUUAGCAGCGUGGAGAGCCUGUGGUCAUGCGCAACUCAUGUAUCUCAUAUGCUUCCUCCCACGGAGCCUGCCUCCACCUUGUCCGACUUCUUUGACUAUGUCAUGGAUGCGGUAAUCACGCUUAUCCUACACACUGGCGAGUUGACCGUCUACUUAUCGCACACGCGUGUGAUGGCUCUGGCGAGUGUGUUGGGACAAUUUGGGCAGGCGGCCGUUUACGACCCUGUUGCAAACGUGUAUAAACCACAGACAUGGCACAGGGCGUGGCUCUCCGUGCUGCGUUUACUCCAGGCUGUGUUGGUGAAUCUGGAGGCAAGUCGAUUCGGCCGUUCAGAAUGGUUAGACGUCGUUUCUGCCCUGGCGGCAACAAGCCCACGGUUUCAGGACGCUGUUUCAUGUUUCAUGUCCCGCGGCAACGUACCGGAGGCGAAACCAUUUGCUUGGGAGAUGCGUGAGAUGCAGCUGUGCACCUCUAUUAUUGCCUUGUUGGCCAGUUUUGGGGUUUCAACCGCCUCGUUAACGCCACACGUGCGGCGGUGUUUUUGCCAUAUACGGCGAUAUCGCAUUCCGACCAUGGCGGCCGUCGACGAACGAGUUGCAGAGCUGCUUCUGAGGACCGUGCGCGAUCAACUUUCCUACCUCCUUCAACAGUCCCCACCACCCGCGUUUUCAGAUGAGGGGCUAUUCGUGGUCACGAUAGAGCGCUAUCGCAGUUCACCGGUCAACGCAUCUUCUGUUUCCAGUGGGGCUUCACUGCAGCGGCGCGUGCUGGGCGAGGAGGGGGAGGUGGUGAGGGAAGAGUUAUUAUCAUUGGACUUGCUGCGCUCCUUUAUUUUGCGCGAGCUUAACAUCAUCCGGAGGGGCCAUCAGGAUGGCUUGUCUGGGGCCAAGGUUUCCUACUCGCCGGAGCACACCCCCUCUUUGUACUCUAGUUUCACGACCAGCGCCAGCGUGGACAGCGUCGCGGAGACGGAGCCGCGUGAGGGGGCGAGCCAAGGUAUUGCCCUGCACAUUGAGAUUGUGAAGUUGGCACUUGGCCUUUUUGUGCGCUACGCACGUCUCCACUUGAGCACGCGUGGCCUGGCACUCUUGGAUCGGCGGGAGAUUUCUGUGUCGCUCCAAAAGCUGCUUUAUGCUCUUAACCGUUUGAUUCAUGACGUUCGCCGCCUCGGGAGCCCUGCGCUGACUUGGGUUGUGGAUAACGUGCGGGAGGAAUUGAAGGACCUUGCUGCUAUUUUGCAGCGCGGCUGA